AUGGCUUUGUUAACACGUUGUGGGCUUCUUAACGUUAGAACAAAAAACCUUGCACAAAUACGCCAUUAUGCCUCCCAAGCCAUCAAUCAAAUGAUCCAGUUGCAGCACACAGAAAUCUGUGCUGAUCCCCCCUCGAGGGGCUUGGUUUUGGGUGUCUAUGCCGAGGAGGAUGAUAAAAAUGAUACGGGAAUUUUAACACCAGCUGCCUGGAGAUAUAAUGUUCAAAAAACCGCUGGACGUCUGUUGGAAGUUUUACGUAUGUCUGGUCCCAUGCCCAAGGUGGGAGAAGCUCGUUUACUUUUUGCUCAGGAAACCGAAAAGAUACCCUAUUAUUCAGCUGUGGCCAUGAUUGGCUUGGGUAAAGAAUGUUUGGGUUUCAAUGCCUACGAAGUGUUGGAUGAGCAAAAAGAGGCCAUCAGAAGAUCGGUGGCCAAGGCCUGCAUGGAUUUGGCUCUAUUGGAUACGGAUCGUAUUGAGGUUGAGAAUUGUGGCCAUGCUGAAUCGGCAGCUGAGGGUGCUGCCUUGGGUGUUUGGGCCUAUCAAGAGCUGAGGGAUGCCAAAAAGCGUUUGGCUGUCCCAUCCAUUGAUCUAUACACCCACAAGGAUGAAGUGUGUGACAUAGAAGGUUGGCGUAUUGGUCUACAAAAAGCAGCAGCCCAAAAUUUGGCAAGACAAUUACAGGAAAUGCCUUCUAAUAUUUUAACACCCACAGCAUUUGCCCAGAAUGUGGUGGAGGUUCUGUGCAAGUCGGGUGUAAAUGUUGAAGUUAAGGUUGAGGGAUGGGCCGAAAGUCAAAUGAUGAAUGCGUUUUUGUCGGUGGGUAAGGCUUCAUGUGAACCUCCAAUAUUUUUGGAGUUAAGUUAUUAUGGCACCUCCUCGGAGGAGAGGCCAAUUGUUUUGGUGGGCCAGGGUUUAACAUAUGACUGUGGUGGCCUUUGCCUAAAGGAUAAGCAAGACCUUUUCGAAAUGAGAGGAGAUGUGACAGGGGCGGCGGUUGUGGUGGCCGCCUGUCGAGCCAUUGCCAAUCUACGAUUACCCGUCAAUAUACGAGGUCUCAUACCGGUUUGUGAAAAUGUCAUUGGCUGUAAUGCCUUUCGUCCGGGCGACACUGUGAAGACCAUGAAUGGCAAACAUAUCAAAAUUCAGGGAACUGACCAUGAAGAUGUUCUGGUGCUGGCCGAUACUUUGCUAUAUGCUCAAAAUUUCUGUCCUAAAACAAUCAUUUCGGUGGGCACAACAUCGCGUGCCAUGCAUCAGACAUUGGGUGAGGCGGCAAGUGGUGUCUUCACCAAUUCCGAAAUUUUAUGGCAACAAAUUAAGCAUGCUAGCAUGCAUACCGGUGAUAGGGUAUGGCGUAUGCCUUUGUGGUGGUAUUUUACCAGUGAAAUAACUGCAGGCGCUUCAUCGGAUGUACAGAAUUAUGGUGUCGGUACUGGUGGUAGACCGUGCAAGGCGGCAGCUUUUCUCAAAGAAUUUGUACCCUGUGGACAGUGGAUGCAUAUUGAUGCAACAAAUGUCAUGACCACAAAUGGCCGAAACUUUGAAUAUUUACGUCGUGGCAUGGCUGGCCGGCCCACAAGGACUCUAAUUGAAUUUAUAGCUCAGAGCAUUUGUAAAGAUACCGCACCCAAAAUGCCACGGAAGGGAAAGUAA